AGAAAAAUAUGGAAGGUGGUUGUUUUCUGGGUUGUAGCGCCGUAAAAUAUUACUCAGUAAAGAAAACCAUGGUUCUUUCCAUGUUAAGAUAACCUAUCCUCGAUGGAGCGCUUGUAUGGGUUUGAAAACUACGCAAGUGUGUGGUAUAUUGGGAGAUCGUUGGAUCAGCACAGACUUUUGUUAUUACCAUAGCCUUUCUACAUUAUAUGUGGAGUUGGAAGAAAACAUGGAAGAUGGGACUUCAAGUGACUCUGAUGAUGAUGUAAGCAUAAGCAGUAUGACUGAAAGUGAUAGUACCAAUGAAAUUGAUGUCAGCAGUUGUAGGAAGACAACAUCAAGUAAUGAAAAUGAGGAGGAAGAAGAAGAGGACGAAGUUGUAAAAGCAAUCAGAAGAGAACGAGAGAAAUGCAGAGAACAUCCACCAGAUAUUCAGUCAGAAGACUUUGUUUUUGAUAUAUCUUUUCAUCCUCAAGAGGAAAUUAUUGCAGCUGCUACUAUAACAGGAGAUGUGAUUCUGCACAAGUAUACUGUUGAAGAGACUGAAAUUUUGGAAACCUUGGAAGUCCAUGAAAAGGCUUGCAGAAACAUAGAGUUCAGCAAAGAUGGAAAGAUACUAUUUUCAUCUUCUAAAGAUAAAUCCAUUGCAUUGUCUGAUGUUAAAACUGGAAAACUGAAGCAGUUUUAUGAAAAUGCACACGAUGACCCAUUAUAUUGCUUGCUGGUUAUGGAUGAAAAUCUGCUGGCUUCAGGAGAUGAUAGUGGAACAGUGAAAUUGUGGGAUAUAAGAAAGAGCAAUCCAAUUUGUUCAUUGAAGGAGAUGGAUGAUUAUGUUAGCUGCAUGGUCACAACUGAAGCCCAGAAGUAUCUGGUUUGUACGAGUGGUGAAGGGACUAUCACUUCUAUAGAUCUUCGUAACAGAAGACUUCACCUUCAGUCAGAAGAAUAUGAUGCUGAACUGACUUGUAUGGCCAUAAUGAGACAUGAGACCAAGUUGUUGGUUGGUUCAUCAAAAGGGACACUCUACCUUUUCAACUGGGGAGAGUUUGGAUAUCAUAGUGAUGAAUUUCCAGGCCCUAAACAUGCUAUCAACUGUCUGCUGCCAGUGACUGAAAAUAUUGCUGUAUGUGCAGCUGAUGAUGGGGUUCUGAGGGCAACACAUCUAUUCCCACAACGCCAUCUUGGUGUGGUGGGACAACACCAAUUCUCUGUUGAGUCACUUGACAUCUCUAAUGAUGGACGAUUCAUUGCCUCUUGUUCACAUGAUCAAAAAAUUAAGUUCUGGAAUGUCAAGUACUUUGAGGACAUUCAAGUUGAUGGCAGAAAGAAGGCUAAGAAAGCAGAAUUUCAUCACAAUCUUCCAUCGUCUAAGUGUACCAAUGUAUCGGAUUUCUUUUCAGAGCUAACAUAAUGUAGCAUGAAUCCACAGGAACAUUACUGUACAGAACAUGUUCUGUUUCCUCAGUUUUGUAUUUUAUUUGUGAUAACUUUUGAACUAUGUGCAGGAUGGUGUUUUACCCACAUUCCUUUGGUUGCACACACAUACCCCCUUAAUUUGUGACUGGCCACCUAAAUUUGCACACAGUGUGGGGCUAUGACAUGUGGGCUGUAUAUGAUCUGACAAUACAUGAGAUUUGUUUGAAAUCAAAGGAUGUAAGAAAUUCAGUGUAAAACUUUAUACAUUCAGACUUUUAGAUUGUUUCUUCUUUAUUAUGGAUUUGCAUUAACCUGAUCUAUCUAGCCAGUGCAGGUGCCCCCGUCAUUAUACCUAAAGAUGAGGACAGAACCAGUCCUCAAAACUUGUAUCUUAUAAUGUCAGAUGAUGAACAAGGUCCAAAACCCAACACUCAAGUCUGAUUAUUGCAGCAAGACAGCAUUACUAAACCUAAUUACAACCAUAAAACAGCGUCCAGUGCCAAGUGUCACAUUCUGAGAGGUUCCAAUAGUUCUUUCUAUUUAUUCACAUAGUAGUUUGACAUUAGUUUAUGCUGAGAGCCAGGCAGAAUGCUGCAAGUUCUUCAAUAAAUGGUGGUUUUGUAUGUCCAGAAUUAUAUAUAUGUGAUUGUUGUAAAAAUUGGUAAUACCAAGAGUUGUAAAAGUGUGUUCUGUAAUGUGAACCACAACUGAAAUAUUGCUACGUAUGUUGGAUGCUAUCUAUUGUCUGCAGGUGGUUGGCUCUAUCUGUACAUAUAUUUCCAUUUUUUUUCUGAUGUUAAUGGCAGACAUUAGGAGUAAUUAACAUGUAACUGUAUUAUCCAUGGGGUUCUGUAUUUAACUCACACCACUGCCAGUCUUGAUAUUAGAAAUUUAAAGUUUAUACUUAGAGAAGAUACAACUUCACUAAGUGUCAAGGCUGAGUGGUUAGUACCCCUGCUUUAUAUUCAUGGAAACUGGCCAUCCUUACAGAUUUUUUUUUAUCAGGCCUUGAAAAUACAAGUUCAAGCAGAA